AUGUCUGCCAACCUCUCCAAGCUCGAAGCCCACCUCGCCACCAGGUCCUACGUUGAAGGAUACACCCCUUCCCAGGCCGAUGUGACCGUCUUCAAGGCAAUUUCUGCUGCUCCUGAUGCUGCCGCCAACCCCCACGUUUCCAGGUGGUACAAACACAUUCAAUCCUAUGCUGCGGAGCAUGCUUCUCUUCCCGGAUCUAGCACAGCCGGUGAGGCGUUUGUCGGUGGAGCCGAGGCUGCCCCUGCUGCUGCUGCCGAUGCAGAGGAUGAUGAGGAGAUUGAUCUCUUCGGUUCCGAUGAGGAAGAAGAUGCCGAGGCCGAGAAGCUCAAGGCUGAACGUGUUGCUGCAUACAAUGCUAAGAAGGCCAACAAGCCAAAGGCUGUCGCUAAGUCCGUCGUUACCAUGGAUGUGAAGCCCUGGGAUGAUGAGACUGACAUGGCUGCUCUGGAGGCUGCUGUCCGCUCGAUCGAGCAGGAUGGCCUUCUCUGGGGUGCCAGCAAGCUCGUUCCCAUUGGUUACGGUAUCAAGAAGCUGCAGAUCACCCUUGUCGUUGAGGACGAGAAGGUCUCUACAGAUGAGCUCCAGGAGAAGAUCGCUGAGUUCGAGGAUUAUGUCCAAAGCACUGAUAUCUCUGCUAUGCAAAUAACAGAGCCAAGUAACAGGACCACGGGUAUCAGGAUUUAA